UUUAAAAAAAUAAAUACAUUUUUUAUAAUAAUAUAAUUAUUAUAAUAAUUACAUAAGUGAAAUACUCAUAUUUAGUUCUGAAUUGUAUAAUAACUUGUUUAGAACAAAAUUAGAAAUUUUGAUUGAUUAAAAUGAAUUCUGAAAAAAAUAUUGAAAAAUUGAUUAGAACAUUGCCGCUAGUGUCAUCUGUGAAUGAUCAGUCUACAGAAAUUUCUAGUAAUUUGCUAAAAGAUCAAUCAAAAAAUGAAUGUAAAGAAGUACUAAGUAAUAUAAAACAAUUAGAAAAAAAAGAAGAUAUGCUUUUAGAAGAAAUAAGUAGCGAUGAUGAUAUGGCUUUAGAAGACAGUGAUGAAUUUGAAGAUGUGGGAAGUGACAUAGAAGCUAAUUCAAAUGAUUGCUUUGAAGAUUUCAACAAAACAUUCAAUCCUUCUUUGUUUGAAGCAAAUCCACUAAGGUGUAUUCAAGAUCCAACAAUAUCAGUAUAUGACUUAAUGCAUAGGAAAUCAGAAGACCAUUCAAAAUGUAUAGAAACAUCCAGGUUACUUGAAUAUUUUGAGUGUUUAAAGUUAGAAAUUUCUGAUAUUAAUGAAAAUUGGAUAUCUACUGUUGAAGAAAUUAUUCAAAUUUUACCUAAAAACAUAAGUCAAAUUUUAGAUAUUCCAGAUUAUUAUCAUAAAGUGUUUGACCUGGUGAAUUUAACGCUUAAUUUUGAAUGUGCUUCAAAAAGUCAUUCAUCAAUGUCUACUUUAAUCAUACGCCAUCUUAAAGUUGGUUUAAACUUAGUUGAGGUACUAUGUCAGUAUAGUGAUAGUUUAGCAGAGCAUUUAAUUAAACAUCAUCAAGUACAUAUUAAAUUAUUUAAUUUAUAUUUUGCUGAACAUAUGUGCUUAUCUCUUAAGUUAAACAUUUUACGAACACUGGAUUCCAGCCUUAAUGGUCCUGAGCCUUUACGUUUAUUUUUAUAUUCUGAAACUUUUAAUGAUUUAAAUGGAUAUCAAACUUUAUUAAAAAUACUUGGAAUGCAUGAGAGACCAAGAGUAUGUUUCUUACUUACUAGCAUUUUGAGAAAAAUUCAUUUUUAUGAAUUAUUACAUAAAAUGAAUACAGACUUAGAUAUUUUAGAUGAUAAUUGUGUGUCAAUAUUGAGUGAUUGUAUAUCAGAAAUCAAUACUACUUUUAUAAGAGCACCAAUAUUAAUGGGAUGCCCAAAAAGAUUCUUACAAGCCAGAGCUCAAUUUGAACUUGCAUCAGCUUUAAAACAUUCAGAUGUUUAUCCUACUAUUUAUAGACUUUUUGAUGAUUCAAAUUUUUUGAACCGUAUUGUUGUACUCUUGGAAAUAUCAAACAGCUCUUUACAUUCAAUUGAACACAACCUUAUUAAUCUUCUAUCAAACUUGUUAGACUUAGAACAUGGUCUUAGAUAUUUAGGUUGCAGAUAUAAGGAGUUGAAUAAUUUAAUAAAAAUCUUAAACAAUAUUAGUCCACAACUUGCUAUAAACAUUAUUUACAGAAUAAAAGUUCUAUCUCUUGUUGACUAUUUGAUCUACUUUUGGGAGUGUAAUUUAUUACAAAACUUCAAGUUCGACUUAAUAGAAAGUGUUGAUGUGUUACAUGAUGUAUUUUGUCUUACUCAAUCUCCAAUUGGAAAACAAGCUGUAGUGACUGUGUUGACUAUGGGGAAUAAUAUGGAUGUAAUUGUGAAUUACUUUAAAUACUUUGUGGAAACAAAAUCAACAAAUAAUGAUUUGUACAUAAUAUAUGCAUCUGAUUUAUUAAAUAUUAUCUUAGAGGGAUCAGAAAAUAUAAGCUAUUUAGAAAAGUAUGGACCUUUAUUAUAUGAAUUGUCGUGUAAACACUCUUGUUUGAAUAAUAUUAUUGCUUGGACUUUUCCUACAAUGAAAUAUUCAUCAUUUUUUCAUGAUGAUGUAACUGAAUUGUGUAAUAAUGUAAAAAGUAAUACUGAAAAUUGUUUAACAUUUGAUAAAACAUUAAUAACUAGUCUAAGAAUUUUAAAAUAUUUGGCUGCUCCUGAAUAUGAAAUGGUUUUUAAAAAUAAUGAAGAUUUUAUUGAAUUAAAAUAUAAAUAUAUUAUACUACAAAUGUAUUCUUUUGAUAUGUUAGAAUAUCUCUUGAAAAUUGUUGAAAACAUAUGUGACCACUAUAAACAGCCUUCAUUAAAUGUUUGGAAACUAGCUGGAGGUUUGGGUACUAAAGUAUUAUCAAUCAUGAAUCCAUGUAUGGUUUUAAUUCGUUGCAUGUUAACAUUAUUAAUUCAAAAUAGUGGAAAUUCUUAUAAAGAUUUAACUCCAAUAAAAGUUUUGUUAAAACUGUACAAUUUAAUGCAUUAUAUAAUUGAAUAUUCUUCUGAAGCUCAAGAAGAAGCAACUAGAGUAUCAAAAGAUGUACAUAAAACAUUUCUAACAUUCAUAGAAUAUAAUUUAGGUUCUAACUUGAUCAAUGAAAUAAUAAUGUGGACAUUAUCCAGCCCAUCUAAUUUUCUACCUGGAAUGAUUAUAUUAUGUGAGUUACUUCCAUUACCAUUACCCAUUCAUUCUUUAAAACCAUUAGAUGAUAACUCAUUAUCAGCUAUGACAUCUUAUCGUAACUUAUGGGCUGAACAUUUAAAUAAAGUCAGUCAUGAUGUAAUUGAUUUAAUUUCUAUUUUGGGUGUAAGUAGUACUGUGAUAACACCUUUGAAGAGUUUUUGUGUACAAGUAUCAGAUUUAAGUGCUUCUUUAUGUUUAUUAAUUACUGAGUCUAUACUUGAUGCAUUACUUAAUCCUAAUAAUACUUUAUAUUUUGAUAAAUGGUUUAGUUUAUUGACUAAACUGUGUGAACAUUCUACUAUUAAAGCUGCAGUUUUGCAAAUAUUACAUGAAAGAAAAACUCAAGAAAACUAUGAAACUUUUAUUAAAAAAAUAUGUGAAAAAAUAAUAGAUCAGCAAGGAAGUGCAAUUACAUUAAUAAAGUUUUUAUGUGAUACUGAUAUUAUGAUUAAUAGUAACUUUGAUAUUAUUACAAUAAAUAAUUCUGUUCCAGACAAACAAUUAUUUUAUGAAUUUAUAAGUGCACUUAUUAAUUUACUAGAAUUACACUCAGAUACUGAAAACUUAUCUUUGAUUUUUAAAACUUUAUUAACAAUUAUUAAAACUGAUUAUGGAUUUUACAAUUUUAAAACUGUUUUGGAUAUUCAUCCAAAUGUUUUUUAUAUAGUUUUAAAUAGUUUCUCAAGAAAUAUAAACCAGGAGAAUGCUAAUUCUGAUUUAUUAAGAUUAUUUCUUCAACUUUUAAUAUCAUGUAUAAGUAACAAUUUAAAAAUUAACAGAAAAUUAUUCAUUAAUACAUUGCAGCUAAAAACUUAUUUACAAUGGGAGAAAUCCACAGCAGACCAUCCUCUUUGUACUUUAAAAGAAAACAUGCAAAUGGAAAAUUCUGUAAACCUCAAAAGUAUUUUAGAAUUGAUUGAACUUUUAGAUGUUGAUAAUGGAAUAUCAUUUGACUUAGAAGAGCCUCAAGUUCCUAUUGUUAGCUCACUGACAUCUUUGUUUAAAGAACGAUCUAUUUAUGUAGUUGAUAAUCUUGAAGAAGAUUCUAUAAUUAUUGACUUCAAUACUCAAAUUGAAAAUACUAAUGAUUUAGUAGAAUGUAAUUUGGAAGACACUUUAAUGUUAUAUCCUGAAUUCAAUGUUAAAGAUAAUAUAAGUAAUUUAUUUACUAAAGAUUAUAGUAUUGUUCAAUCAGAGCCUAUUGUUGUAAAAGAGGAAGAAUCUAUUAAAAAAAAAACCCAUGAUAUUCUUCCAAGUACACCUGUUGUUUCUGCACCAUCUACUCGUCAUAAGGUUUUUAGUAGACUGGGAGCUGUUCAAAGACAAGAUACUUUUCGUAAUCGAUUACCAAAUACAUCACGCCCACCUUCAUUGCAUGUUGAUGAUUUUGUUGCACUAGAAAGUAGAAGUUCCCGUCAACAUUGUUAUAAAUUACCUAUACAACCUAUUCAGGAUCUCAAUAUAACUUUACGAGAAAGGCAGAUGGCAUAUGAACGUACUUACAAUAUACUGAAUUCUUAUAAGACCCACAUAAGUAUGCAAAAUUGGCAUACACACGCAAGCACUUUAGCUCAUUUACGCGCAAAUUAUCGACAAACUCUUACUAGUAGACAUUUAGAGCUUCAAAGACAUUCAUUAAUAGCUGAAUGGAGACAGCUUAGAUUAGAAGCUUCUCAAUCAAUUAGAAAAAAUAGAACAUUUUCCAGGAGAUAAUUUUACUAUUUUUUUUAAUAGAACCAUGCUAUAUGUUCGUAUGAAUUAUGUUCUAAAACUUAUUUAUACAUUCUUUUCAAAAUAGGAAAGUGUUAAAUGUUACUUCUAUAUUUUAUAGUACUUGCAUUUAUUUUUAUACUAAAUAAAUAAUGUUUUGUU